GUAGCACGCACUCGCCCCAAUCAACAAGAUUUUACGUCGUUUGCUGUCGUCUCGGUGACGUCAUUAAUAAUUUGGAUUUUUUACAAAUUGGCCGACAGUUUACAAAAAUUCGAAUAUAUUAAUCAGUGAAAAAUAAAUUGAAAUUUAAGUUUUAAAAUGGCCUCUGCGCCGGAGAUAAAAACAACUGAUAGUCCCAGCACCACGCCAAGUUUCUUGGAUGAGAUCACGGCGGUUUUGAGUCCUGUGAAUUUGUUGUUGACUGCGAUUAUAUUUGUUUUGGUAUACAAAAUAUACAGUAAAUUCUCGAAGUCGAAGUCCGAGGCGCCGACCGUGGAAUUGCCUAAGCUACGAAAGGACAUGACUGUUGCUGAACUACGGCAGUAUGACGGAAAUCAGCCCGAUGGCCGUGUUUUGGUGGCGGUGAAUAACUGGAUAUUCGACGUGACACGAGGUCGUCGCUUUUACGGGCCUGGUGGUCCUUAUGCUGCUUUUGGAGGAAGAGAUGCCUCUCGGGGUUUUGCCACUUUCUCUGUGACCUCAUCAGACAAGGAAUAUGAUGAUCUCAGUGACCUUAGUUCCAGGGAAAUAGAAUCCGUCAAGGAGUGGGAAGCACAGUUCAGAGAGAAAUACGACCUAGUCGGGCGGCUGUUAAAGCCCGGCGAGGAGCCUACAACUUAUUCAGACUCGGAGGCUGAAGAGACCGACCACUCUACAAGCCCCUCCGACAAGAAGAAGGAGUAAGCAGAUCAGAUCCGUUCCACAAGAUAUUCGAUUGUAUGUUCUAACAAACUCAGUGUAAAUUUACAAACAAUGUUACUGACCAAUAAUGUGACGUCAUAGUCUUUGUGGAAUAAUUCUUGAUUUUUGGCGUUAUAAAUCAAAAUAGUAAAUUUUUGAUACUCUUUAUCAAAUAUAAUAAAAUUUACCAUUUUGACUCUUUCGCCACAUUUCUCAAAAUUUACCUGUACCAGCCGCAUAAAUCGAACAAGAAUACUUCUGAGUUUCAUCAUUUUUGUAAAAUGGAAUUAUUUAUAUUAGUGAGCGAAUUUCAAUAGGAUCGAUUAGAGACCAUGAUUUGUUUGCGAUUUUGUUCAGUAAAGUACAAAGUGGUCGCGAAGUUAGACUAACAAUUUGAAUAUGCUUGUGAACAAGAUGUUGUCACGUAUCAUGUUCCAAUCGCAUGCUUUUAUUGCCCAUAUUUGAGGAGAAUUCAAAAUAUAAAUUUUAUUAAGGCUUUAAUUUUUUACACUAAUUUGAGACUGAAGUAAAUUUUUUACUUAAUUAUUUAUAGAGGCUUUUACUAUUGUGUUAUUUGAAACAAGCAAAAUUUGUGGUUUGAAACAUUAACACAAUAAUCUUGAAAAUUAAAAAAAUAUCUUUUCGGAAAAAUCGGCAUACUAUAUUUGCUCUUAAAUAUCUUCUAACUGUCAGUAAACUUGUCGAUAACUUAAAUACUACUUUAUAAAAAAAUGUGUGUAGUCUGUUUCUGUAAAUGUCCUGUGAGUUAUUUCACAAGUUACACAUCUCCUUGGACGAAGGUUACAGUCAACUUAUAACAGCUUCCGCACACGAUGUGAAAAUAUAUAUUACGCAUUUAUUAAUACCAUGUUCAUACAAAAAGGAGGUAGAAAACUGUACUAAAUUCACUAUUUUAUUUUGGAAAUCCUGGUCAUAUCAUAUAAGUUAGUGAUUUCUUGACACGUUAACUGGCGGCUGCUUUAAUAAAUUCAAGGUAAAGCCUUGAUUGAAGAUUGAGACAUGAUAACCUGAGCUGCGUGACCACCCUGAAGCCAUUGAAGAGAGUUUAUUGUAUAUAUGAAUCUAUUGUAUCAUUGUCACUAUAACUGUUGCUUAUUGCAGAUUUUUGGAUGUAUAUUAUAUAUUUACAGUUUCAUGAAUAAGACUGAGUGAUGGCAUAUUAUGUUGAAUUAAAUAUUAUUAGAAACUGAAAUAAAAUUGAGGAAAUAGUUGCACAUUCCUGCAUAAACCAAAUUGUUUUCAUAUCUUUAAUCAAAUGAUCCUAGUAAUAUCUAAAUGCUAAAAAUAUUUGUGAAAAUUUUAUUUAGUUUUAUUAGGAGGAUUUAACUGGUUAAAUCCUCAAUGCGAGUAGCCAUCAAUUGAGUUUUGUUAAGGUCGGGCGAGCGAGUUGAUCAUUACAUUUUUUUACAUCAUAUGCAUUUAUUCUUCACGAACACGACACUGCGGAUGCAUUUAAUAUUUGACCCGGGCGUGCACCCUACAUGACAUUUGGUACUUAAAUAUAAGCACUUUGUAUAAAUUGUAUGUUGCAAGCAAAGAAAAAUACAAAAAUAAGGAAAUGUGCAUAAUAAGUCAUUAAAAGGUAGUUAAGGUAAUGGUAUCUUAACGUGACUGUGUUCAGAUGUUAACUUUAGAUGUAUUUUAUUUGUUCUAUGCUUAAAUCGUAAGAUAUGAUAUUUCAGGCGACUAACUAUUUAAAAAAUGCCUACUAAUCCCAACUAAUAUGAGAAAUGCGAAAGUAAAUUUAUUUGAUUGUUGUCUCUUCACACGUUACCCACUGACCAAUCUUCAUGAAAUUUUGCAUGAGUAUUUAUAAUAAAGAAUCUUGAGAAGGAAUUAAAGUACUUUUCAUCCCAAUAAAAACUAUAGUCCCCAUGGGAUUUGUGAAAAACCUGUAUUCUUUUGAAGUGGCGCUAAGUUCGCGCGGGUGGAGCUGCAGGUAAAAGCUAGGAUCACUUUAGAAAUAAAAAAUGAUGGGAGCAAACUUGUGACAGCAAAAAUAUUUCUUUAUGGUCGACAACAUCACACAGAAAUGGAGCAGAAGUACAGUCUGCCUAAAAUAUCUAUUUCGUACGAUAAAUUGUUUGGUUGUUGUAAUGUUCAUUGUUUUUUAUGUUAAGAUAUAAAAUUAGUGAUAAGAUCUCUGGUGUAUUAUUUUAUGAAUUAUGGUUUUUCUGUGAUUAUUUUAAUGUACGAGUCAUUUUACCUUGUUGUGUGAGUCAUGACCCAUUGAUGUAAUAUUGUUAGCUUCAUUAUCUCGAACAACCUAAAAAUAGUAUUUCGUAUUUUUAUAGUCAUACAAGAUUUAUCACAAUGCUACUAGAAUUUUUACUGAAAUGUUUUUGCAAUUGUUUGUUUUGAAUUCAAAAGUUUUCAAUUUAUGAACAAAUUUCUAUGCAGGUCUAUGUAUGUGUGAAAGUUCCUUUUUGUUGAAAAGUUGUGUUUUAGUACUUACAUCCAAUACUUAAUAAAUUGUAUUCCAUCACAA